ACCUUACAAGUUGGCUCAGCAUCCACAAGAACCAGGUAACUAGACAAACAGGUUAAGGACAACUGGUAACUUCCUAUUGAACAGCAUUUAAGACCUCAGCUACUAUGGCAAGUGAGAGCUUUCAGAAUGAGUUCCUGGACACUCACAACGCAUACAGACAGAAGCACAACACGGCCUCCCUGACUCUCAGUAGCGCACUGUCGGCCUCCGCUCAGAAGUGGGCCGACCACCUGGUCUCCAUCAAAACCCUAGAACACAGCACCACAGACAAAGGAGAAAACCUUUAUUUUGCAUGGAGCUCCUCGCCUAAAACCUUGACCGGCAAGGAGGCAGUUGACAGCUGGUACAGUGAGAUCAAAGACUACAAAUUCGCACAACCAGGAUUCGGCUCCAACACUGGUCAUUUCACCCAGGUGGUGUGGAAGGAGAGUACUGAGGUAGGAGUGGGCCUGGCAUCUGAUGGGAGCAACAUCUUUGUGGUAGGGCAGUACAGCCCAGCAGGAAACAUGAACAUGCCAGGCUACUUUGAGAAGAACGUCCUUCCCCUAGCAUAGAAGCUGUGCGUUUUACAGCUAACAAAGGGACUGAUGAAGGUGGGAAGAACCCAAGUCUGGGCAACUCCAUCAAAUCAUCAUGCACACUGCUGUAGAAGGAUGACUAUACCUCUCUGAAUCGAACUUUUCUAUCAUUAUCAUGCUAUCUGUUCUACAAUAUCCUUUACCAUGUCUCAACAUGUUUUUGUAUAUUCUUUAUGAAGAAUAAAGAUGUAAUCAUGCUGUGCCAA